AUGUAUAGUGGAAAUGAACCGAUUCAAGAUGCCGAGGCAUCAUCUGCGGAGCCCCAUGCUCUACCAAUCGUAACGUCGAACUCACGAACACCAUUGUUAAAGAAACAACACGACCCUUUUCUUAAACGCAAGAUUAUUCUUGUGCUUUCAGGCUUAGUUCUCGUCAAUAUUGCGUCAUGGAUAACUGCUAUAUUCGUAUUUCGCGGAUUUCCCUCGCUCAUAGGCACGGCGGCAUUGGCAUAUACUUUAGGCCUUCGACAUGCUGUGGACGCUGAUCAUUUGGCUGCGAUUGAUAAUGUCACCCGAAAACUUUUACAGAGCGGAAAACACUCUGUAUCCGUUGGCUUGUUUUUUUCCUUGGGUCAUUCGACCAUUGUGAUAUGCGCAUCAAUCGCUAUCGCCAUUACUGCCACAACCAUAAAAGAUAAAUUCGGUGACCUUCAAUCUAUAGGUGGUCUCAUAGGAACCUCCGUAUCAACGGCGUUUCUAUUUAUCAUCGGAAUUAUCAAUACUUUUGUUUUAGUCUCGGUUUACCGUUCGCUCCAGAAAUUAAAACGCACAGGCGUUUAUGAAGAGGAAAACAUUGAAGAUGUCCUUAACACUUACGGUUUUAUUGGCAGGUUAUUUGGACCCGUGUUCAAAUUCAUCGAUGCAAGUUGGAAAAUGUAUCCACUCGGGGUACUCUUUGGUUUUGGUUUUGACACUUCUACCGAAGUUGGACUUUUAGGAAUUGCAGCUAUCCAAGCCAAUCAAGGGCUUUCCGUUUGGAUGAUUAUGAUUUUCCCUUUACUUUUUACUUCUGGUAUGGCCUUGAUAGAUACCAUAGACGGAAUCCUAAUGUUGGGAACUUAUACAUGGGCAUUCAUUAAUCCAAUACGAAAGUUAUAUUAUAAUUUUAUUAUAACAUUACUUUCCGUUUUAGUUGCAUUUAUUAUCGGAACUAUCGAGUUGUUCAACAUUUUAGGAGAUAAAUUAGACCUUCAUGGUCCAUUUUGGGAUUUCUUUGCUUCCCUCGGAGACAAUUUUGGUGUCAUUGGUUAUCUGAUUAUUUUAUCAUUUGUUGUUACUUGGAUUAUUGCAAAGAUUGUUUAUAGGUGUGGUGGCUAUGACAAGUUAGAACGAAAAUUUACCCGGCAAGGUGCUAUCACUAAUGUCGAUAAUGACAAUAAGAGCGCUACGAGUUCAAAAAAGGAUGUCAAAGAGGAUACUGUGAUUGCGGUUGACAAUGACGUCUCUAAUGAAGGAAAAAACAAAAAAGGAUCUAUGGAAAUUGAAGAAGCUUAA